AUGGAUGCGCAAGCCAAGAAAAGAGCAUUGUUCCGUGCCAAAUUGAACGCGCAGAAGAAGGACAAACGCAUAGAAUCCCCUCUCGUUAGGUAUAAUGAAUCUGAUCAGCCUGUUUGUCGGGUUUGCGAUGUUGUUCUGAAGUCUGAGUCGAUAUGGGAUGCGCAUCAAGUUUCUCGUAAGCAUCGUGAGGCAAUAAAUAAUCUUAAAGCUAAUGCGGCUGGGUUAACUAAGCAGAACAAUGUAGAGCCGGAUAUUCCUGCUAAACGGCCUAAACCUGAGCAGCCUUCAGACUCGCCGUUCAAAAUUCCUCAAAGUUCACAAGUGCCUAGACCUCAGUCAUCAUCAUCAGUUCUUCCACCAGAUUUUUUUGACAACAAUGAUACAAAGAAGAUGAGAUCGGAAAAGGACUCUGUCCAUUCAGUGGACUCAGAUUUCGGUAGAAACACAGGGGCUUCUGCUCAAAGUCUGGUGUCAAACUCGGAGAAAGAUCACUUUCAUGGAAAUACUAUUACAGAGUCAAAGGUUAAUCAAGUAACAAUGGAGAAUAGGAAUACAUCGGUCAAGGCUAUGGAUACAGAGAACAAGCAAGAAAAAGGGGCUCUCCCUGAAGGUUUUUUUGAUAAUAAAGAGGCUGAUUUGCGGGCACGUGGCAUUAAGCUUGUUAAGCCAGAUGUCAAAGACGAAUACAAAGAGUUUGAGAAGUUGAUUCAAGAGGACUUGCGGGAGGUGGAUGACCGGUUAGAAGAAGAAGAGAUUGAUGCUGCAGAAGUGAUAGAAGAAGCUGAAUCUGCUGAGCAAAGAAAGUUAAAGGAGAAAGUGGAAAUGUUGAAGAAGAAGAGAUUGGAGUUAAAGGCUGCUAAGUCUGCAAAGCUUAGUAUAUCUUCUGAGGUUGUAACUAAAAAGUCUGUACAUGAAGAGUCAUCCAGUGAUGAUGAGAGUGGUGAGGACUUUGAUGUUGACUGGAGAGCACAACACUUGUGA